GAGAGCUGCGUUCUGCUGGGAGCGGCUGCUCGGGGUUUGGGUUAUAAAAGAUCCGUAUGCCUCUUAGAAAAGCAUCUGAAAAGGGGCAGAUUGGUAUCCCUGGUUUUGUGCACCUGCCUGGGAUUUUAGCGCUUUCCUUCCUGGCACGCUCCAGUCGAGCCUUUGCAAAGAUUUCCCAGGCUGUGGCCUUCCUCACUGGACAGGUGCAGUCCAAACCACUUCAAUGCAGGCUCUGGGGUUUUUUCAGCACGCUCACGGAGUAUACGUGCUCUAAAUGCCUACGAUACAGAGGAAUCCAGCUACUUCUAAUGGGAUGCAUUUGCAGAGAGGAAGAAUUCCUCAUUUAAGAUGGGUAAUAAGCAAACGAUAUUUACUGAUGAACAGCUAGAUGCCUACCAGGAUUGCACGUUCUUCACUCGGAAGGAAAUCCUUCGGUUGCACGGCCGAUACCAUGAAAUGGCACCAAACGUUGUGCCCAUGGACUAUACAAAGGACCCAGAUGUUAAACUACCUAUGCAGCUUAUAAUAAACAUGCCUGAGCUGAAGGAGAAUCCCUUCAAAGAAAGGAUUGUGGAGUCUUUCUCAGAAGAUGGAGAGGGGAGCCUGAGCUUCAAUGACUUUGUGGAUAUGUUCUCCGUGCUCAGUGAAAUGGCUCCCCGGGAGCUUAAAGCAAUCUAUGCCUUUAAGAUCUAUGAUUUUAACACAGAUAACUUCAUUUGUAAAGCAGACUUGGAAAAAACCCUCAAUAAGCUGACCCGGGAAGAGCUGACAGCAGAGGAGAUCACUCUGGUUUGUGAGAAGGUGAUAGAAGAAGCUGACAUGGAUGGUGAUGGGAAAUUAGGAUUUGCAGAUUUUGAAAACAUGAUUUCCAAGGCACCGGACUUUCUCAGUACUUUCCACAUAAGAGUCUGAAGAUGUUUCUGCCAGUCCAGCCUUUCUGAAUCUCAGGCACUCCAGGGGCUUUUGUUCUCUAAUGAGGGCUUCUUACAACACAGCAGAAAGUACUGAAAUAAUUCUGGUCCACGAAGAGAAGCAUCAUGUGAUCUACAGGAUAUUUGGAACAGACACAUCUGUUUUAUCUUCACUGCUGGCCAAGCACUCUGACAAAGAUGAUUGGUUGUUGGAUUGUGGUUUUUCUUUUUCUCCCCCCCUUUUUUUUAAACAGUCAGAAUCAGAAUAUUAUUAAAGUUAUUUCCACAGAGGUUUUAUAUUUAUGAAUAU